AUGAAGCUCUCGAAUUUUCUGCUUCCAGCGAUCGCCUUUGCGGGCGAAAAUGAUGUUGAUUCUGAUGUCACCGCUGCUUUCAAAGAGAAGGGAUGGGAGUUGUUUUUCAAAAACAAUGAUAAGACUCAGAACUCAGUGAUCUCUCCUUAUUCGAUCAUCGGCUCUCUUUAUAUGGUUGCUGCUGGGGCUGGUGGAACCUCUCGGGAAGAGAUUCUAGCGAGCCUUGACCUGAAUCAAUACUUUACCACAGAAAGCAUUCUUGAUCCCUUCACUGCUUAUCAUCAAAUUUCGCAAGGACUUCAAGCUAACUCCACUCAUUGGGGUCGAAGAAAAUCUGAUGCUGCAUACGAGCUGAAAAUCACAAAUGGAAUGUUUUACCAAGAAGGACUUCGAGAAGGCCUGGAAGGAGAACAGCUCGAUCCUGGAACCUAUGACAUUAUUUCUAACGAUUUCGUGAAAGACCUGGCAAAUGUCCGAGAACUCGAUUUUUUCCGAAACUCGAAAUCUGCAACGAACGAAAUCAAUGAAUGGGCGGAGGAAUCGACAAACGGAAAAAUUGUGAAACUAUUUAAUGACGACUUGGAUUCUGACACAAAGGUCGUUCUUGCUUCUGCUCUUUAUCUCAAAGCUCAGUGGAUGAAUCCCUUCGAAGUAUUGACGAACAAAAAACUGAAGAAAAUGGGUCUUGAUCCGAUUGAGUGGUACAAUUAUGAAACAAAUGCCUUCGAAAAACGUUCCGAUAUUGAAUGGUUGUACCAAGAAGCAAACAUCAGAACAUGGUCGACGAGAUCAUGGUCGAAUGGCGCGAUUGUAAAUGUUUAUGAGCUUCCAAUGUCGAUGAAGAGAGGAGGUCAAGAUGCAUUCAAUCAAUUGCUGACGGUCCAAAUUUGGAUGGCUGACGAUCCAGAAGAAGAUAUUUCCGCUGAAAUCGCGAAAAACUACAAUAAAAUAAGAACAGAACAAAAUCGAAAAAAGCUCAAGUUUUUUAUGCCAAAAGUGAAGCUUUCCUUCAAAGAAGAUAUUAAAGAGAAACUCGAGGGAAUGGGAAUCACCGAAAUUUUCGAAGAAGGAAAUGCUGAUUUUUCGCCUUUGUUGGGGGAUAAAUCGCGUGCUUUUGUGUCAAAGGUUAACCACGCGGUCGAGUUUGAGAUCGAUGAGAACGGGAUUGAAGGAGCUGCGGUUACUGCUUCUGUUUUGACGAGCCGAUCAAUGAGUCAACCCUCCGUGAUCACAAUCAACCGGCCCUACUAUUUUGUCGUGACAAAUCGAUGCUGGACGAAUGGCAAUCAGAAAAAUCACUGUCCCUUUGAAAAUAUCCCCCUGUUUAUCGGUCGCGUCACUGAUCCCGCUAAAUAA